AUGACGACGUUGAUGAUCAACGCUUUCGGUGAGUCUAUUCCCGCAACGGAUUGCUUCAUCGAUCUGGGAUCUGGUCAUGGGCCGCUGUCUGCCGUCGGGGUCAAAACCCCUCGUAGGCCUAGGUCCAGACGGUAUAUCAUCCCGGGGAGGUCGUGGGGCCGCCGGACGGAGGUUACUAUGACGACGUUGAUGAUCAACGCUUUCGGUGAGUCUCCUGUCGAAACGCUCUACAGUCUCGAUCUGGACUCUGGACAUGGGUCGUUGUCGGUCUUGUUGAUAAGGGUUGAUGUCCCGAGUGGGAGAGACGAUGUUCUGAGGGGGAGGAACGAUGUCCUGAGGGAGAAGAACGAUGUCCUGAGGGAGAAGAACGAUGUCCUGAGGGGGAGGGUCCAUGUUGUGACGAAGAAGAUCGAUGGCUUGGUCUCGAGGAAUGCGAUCUAUGACUCCGAUCGGAGGGAGAAUGCCGGGAUUCGCGUCGUGGAGAGUAAGGGGAUAGGAAGUCCGGAUCUUGUGAGUCUCGACGACGUGCUGCAAAAG